UUUGUUAUAGCUAUCUUGUAUUAGUUUAGUUACAGAGCAUUCGAUUCAAUAGAUAAAAUAAUAGUCUCAUCAUGUCGGUUCAUCCAGAGAUGGUGGCACUACCCUCUGGUUUAUACCAAGAUAACAAAUUUUUCCCAAUAAACUCUUAUCAAUAUAGCAAAGCGAGCAAUAAACUCUUAUAUCUCGCCAUCUCUCUCCCUCUCUCUCAAAAAUUGAUUGUUUUAUUUUUCAGUCGAUCGGUCUCCAUUCCUCCGGACGCACGCACGUCCCAGAAUAAAAGCCGUCCCGAACUCCCCUACCCACCGUCUAUUAUAAAUGCCACUAUAAUAAGACCGGUCCUUAAACGAGCAACCCCAUGCAUGCAGCCUCCGCCGCACGCGGAGGCAAACAACAAAACGAGACCAACCAAAAACGAAGACAAGGAAAGCCGGCCGGGACGAGGUAUACGUAGGAUAGAAUCGAACUCACAUGCUUCAAAUGAGCGAACCUCUCUGCCUUUCUUGAAGGAGAGAUGUCUUCGAGGGUAAUCGUGGGUGCAAUCCUGUUGAUCUCAGCAUGGGGCUCCAUGGGCGUGAGCCUGGAGGAUGGCGACGAGGCGGUGCUCCCCGGGGACACGCUCCCCUGCCUCGAGAGGCUGCUGCCGUGCCAAGAGUACCUGAACCACGAGAAGCCCCCGCAGAUUUGCUGUAAAGUGGUAGGAACGGUUCUUGCCGCAGUUCCCCGUUGCUUCUGCACCCUCUUCAACAAUCCCGAAGUCGUAGAGAACCUGCACACCACCAGGGAGGAGGCCCUCAAGCUGCCUGACAAGUGUAGCUACAACAAUAACCUAACCUCCUGGUGCAACAAUUUAACUUAUGUAGCCAAGGUUGAAUCAUCAUCAAGGAAGUUUCCAACUGUGACAGAAGCACCUGUUCCUAAUGGGUUGACGCCAACAAAAGCACCGACCAUGCAUCUCAUGACAGGAUUGACAAGUUUGGACGUUAUACUUGGGGUUAGCAGCGUGCUUUUGCUCAUCCUCGAGGUCUAGGUUCAGACUUUCUCCCGUAUGGUAAUACGGAGGGAAGGUUGUAUAGUAGGAAAGAAAAUUUUCCAAGAAUGUGUUUGUAGUGGUGCUUUGGCCACUCAGGCACUCUGAUGGUUUUCAAAGUUUGAUGCUGUAUUGUUUUUUAUUUUAAGCUUAAUUAGUCUACCUCACUCCUUUUUUAGAAGUAAACUUGAAAUUGCUAGCUGUAUUGAUCCUUUUAAUGGCCUGAUCAAUAUGAGGCAUAUGCAUACUUUUAUCUGUCAAAGUGAUUUAUGUG